AUGUCAACCAGUUUUAUUCACUAUAAAACCUUUGGUAAAUUUUCUUCCUUUAUUUUUUCGUUCUUUUCCUUUUCGUUUCUUUUUCUUCUUUUUUUUUCCUUAUUUCUUUUUCUCUUUGUUUUUAUUUGUUUUGCCUCAACAAUUUCUUUCUUUAACCUGUUUUAUGUACUGUUAUUCUUUCUUUCUUUCUUUAUUCCUUUCUUUCCCACUUUAAUCUCUGAUUUACAUAUUAUUAUUCCUUUUUCAUUCUUUUUUCUUUCUCCCUUUGUUUGUUUGUUUGUUUGUAUCUUUCUUUCUUUCUUUAAGCUGUUUUACAUAGUGUUAUUCUUUCUUUUGCCGUUUGCUAGUUUUUCCUCUUUUUUCUUUCUUUCUUUUUUGUUGCUGUCUAUUUACUUUUGGUUAUUCCUUUCUCACUCGUUAUUCGCCCCGUUCGCCGCUAUCCACUUCUUGCCAAUAAUUUCCCCAACUCUCUUUCUUAAUUUUUCUCUUUUCCCAAACCGGCCGCCAUCUUUCCCUCAUUCAAAUAUUCUUGCAGGCGAUCUCCACUCCAUAUGCAAAGGUUUUAAAGGGCAUGAACGUGUCAACAUGAUCGCGCUUUUGUGUGCCAAGCUCUUACUUAAAACUUCCUCCUUUUUAUUACCUUUAAGGCAUCCCAAAGGGCAUGAAAUAUUCACGUGUGCACAGACACUCACACACCUAAUAUAUAUGUGCAUAUUCCUGCGUCGAUACACUGAGGAUUCUACCCAUAAUUACACACAAACCUGCUGA